AUGGGUCGCUGGGGAUCGCGUCUCUUCAAAUGCGACGAAGACCUAGACAUGGCCUUUUCAAUGGCAACAGAACUCGGCGUCUCAGACCGCUACUGGAAGCACAGCAUGAGCGCAAUGGUCCAUCAAUCCGACAUCCUAGCGCCCCCAGAAGCCAAGGCUCGUUACCAAACCCCCGAAUACGCUGUCGAGCUGGCAGACGUGAUAAUCCCCUACAUUCGCGACAAGCUCGAUACUGACGACCUCGGCGACCGACUCUUCGCAGCAAGCAAAGCCCAGGAAACCGACGAAGACGAUCCACGCCAAGAGACCAAGUACCGCACUAUCAUUCUGGGCGCCUUGAUAAUGCGUGCUGGCGCCAAAAUUAAGAAUGAGGAUCUGGAGCAUCUGCGUGCUCUGAUGCCUCAGAUCAACUGCUCAUUGCGUCGAAGUAUGUCUGGUGAUCAUGGCUUUCGACCUCCGGGUCGAGCUCAGUUUCUUGCUGCGUUGGAUCAUUAUGUGCCUGGUGUUCCGCGUAGCUUUUUGGAGCCUAGUUGUGGGAGAAUUGAAGCGGAUAUUGGCCACAGGCAUUUGAUUUGCAUGAGGUGCAGGGUUGCAACUUACUGUGACGAGGAGUGCCAGCAUGCGGAAGUGGAAUCGCGCGAGCACCAAAAGGUCUGCAUGUGUCCUGAGCGACGCUGA